AUGUCUUUGGAACAACCUCUUCCCAAAAUUGGUACAAAUAAUACAAAUAAUGGCGUUGAACGUCAUUCACCCCCUCUUAUAAAUAAAUCAAAUAUAAACGAUGAUGAGAAAUAUCGUGGAUUAGCUUAUAGCUCUGACAAUAUUUCACCUUCACACCAAAACGAUUUAUCUCCUCCCACUAAUAAUAACCCAUAUCCAUAUAAUAUAUAUAAGAAUAAUAAUACAAGUAGUACAAGUCAAAGUAGCCAAGAUAGUGCAAAAAGUAACGAUAAUUUAUUCCGUGAUUUCAAUUCUCUUCCAUCCCCUCCAAAGAAUUAUCAUACAUAUCCACAAACAACUGAGCUACAUCCAUCACGUGAUUUGGAUUCUGAGGAAAUAAAUAGGAACCCCGCUGAACCAGCAAAGAAAGGAUUCUUUCGUAAUAAGAAGAAAGCUUACUGCUGUAUUUGUUGCGGUCUUAUAAUCCUUAUUAUUAUAAUAAUGAUUCCAUUAACGCUUAAAGUGAUAGCUCCUUCUAUAGCGCAGGGAGCCGUGACAGGAAGUAAAUUGUCUUUUUCUAGUGCAAAACUUACUCAAUUAUCAGAAGAUGAUUUUAUGAUGAGUGUCUCAGGAGAAGUAACGGGUACUGGUCCUCUCAAAGCUACGAUUCAAGUACCUGAUGGCGUCAAAGUUUCAUGGAAUCAAUUAUUAAUUGGGCAAUUACCUUUGGAUACUAUAACCGCUCAACCUUUUACUGGUGCUAAAAUCGAAUCAUCACAGAAAUUCAAAGUCUUAAAUAAAACUGCUUUUGCUGAAUUUAAUAAAUUUAUGUUGAAAGAACGUGAAUUUACGUGGCAUCUGGAAGGAAUAGCUUCAGUCGAAGCUGCAGGACUCAAUCUUCAAGGAAUUGUAUUAUCAAAAGACGUUACGAUGGGAGGCAUGCAAAAUUUCCCAUCAGUAAAAAUAGAUAGUUUUAAUGCUCCAGCAGAACACCCUGAUGGUGGAAUUGAAAUUGAGAUCAAUUCAACAUUGGGAAAUCCUUCACCAAUUAAUGUUGAAUUGGGAGAUUUAGUUUUCGAUGUUGAAUACCUUGGUCAUAUUGUAGGUGAAGUUGGUGCAACAGGAGUUACAUUGGUAUCUGGUGAUAAUAAGCUUGACCUUAAAGGUCGUUUAAUUCCUCAAAAUAGCACUGAAGCAUUAGCAGCGGUUGGAGACUUGUUCUCUAAAUUUAUUACUGGACAAAAUGCGACAACUAGUGUGAUAGCAAAAUCAGUUAGACCAAAUAACGAGAGUGCACCAAUAAGUUGGCUCCAAUCUGCUUUUGUAGGGACUAAAUUAUCAGUUGUAUUACAAGGUGGAAAAGAUUUAAAAAUUAUUAGUAGCGUUGAUAUUAAUGCACUGGAUUUACAAUUCAACAAUGAGAAUCCAUAUAUUCCUAUGGCAAGUUCUUCUUCGCUCACAGCAGGGUUCAGCAUUCCAUUUGGAUUCCCGUUGGAAAUGAAACAAAUUUCUCAACAAAUCACAAUGUUUGACGGCGAUAAGGAAUUAGCAAGUUUAGGUUCACCAUUCACUGCCGCAACAGGAGAUUCAAAAUCUGGGAAAAUUGAGACUAGUUUUGCCCCUACACCUUUCAAAGUCGCUAAAGGAUCUGAAGAAUUAUUUGAUGAUUUCAGUAAAAGAUUGACAUUAGAAAAGAGUGUUUCACUUAAAAUGAAAGGUGUUGCAAAUUCUAUCGCGAAAACUCCUGUUGGUGAGGUGGAAAUUCAAGGGAUCGAAUUUGAAGUGCAAACCACAUUGCCAGGUAUUCAAGGAUUAAAGACGAAACCUGCUGUUGUCAAUUCUCUUGUUGUUACAGGGGGAACCGCGGAAAAUAUGUUAAUCAAAUUAUCAGUUACAUUAUUUAACCCAUCAAAUGUUAAGAUUUCAAUGGGUGAUGUAAUAUUCGAUUUAUUAUUUCAAGAUCAACCCAUGGGUAAAGUAAUAAUGGAAAAUUUCGUAUUGGAUCGUGGUGAAAACAAUGUAAAUGUUAUUGCACAAUUUGGACCAAAAGGUGAUGAAGCUAAUAAAGCCGGUCGUGAAUUACUUGAUAAUUUCAUCAUUGGAAAAUCGAAUACGGUUGGAAUUAAAGGAUCCGCUCAAUCAACUCCUAUUGCUCCGUUACAAAAGGCAUUGGCUGCUUUGGAAUUAACGACUACAAUGCCUGGACUGAAAUCUCCGAAACCUAUAAUAGAACAAGCAAGAUUUGCCAUUGGAUUAAAUACAAUAUUUGAUUCAAAAGGAACUGCUUCAAUUGAUGCAUUUAAUCCAUUCGAUACUACUAUCAAAUUCUUAAAUAUUAAAUCAAACAUACAAGUAAAAGAUGAUGAAAUUGGCAAUAUUGAUCAAGACUUAAGUGCGGAUCCUGUCAUUAUUCCAUCUGGAAAAACCGUUACGACUAAAGAUUUUGAUUUAAAUCUAAAGAUUAGUGGAGCUGCUAUUAAGAGUCUAUUUGAUUCUUUGGCAGGAAAUUUGAAAACUAAUAUUGCCGCCACUAUUGGAGUUGCUAUUGGAGAUUUUGUGACCGAAAUUGAUUAUAGUCAAAAUGAUGUACCAACUAGUUUGGGGAAGGGUGCCGGACAAUAA